AGGGCGGCGGCGAAGACACCGUUGUGACCCCCGCACAUCGGGACUCGGUUUGGGCGCGCCCCGCAGCGGUGUAUGACCCGGUGUUCGGCGUCUGUAAGUGUUGGGUGACAGGCGCCGUAGGCCCUGCCCCGCCCUCCCCAGGCAGCGCGGAGGCUCUCCGACCUCCGUUAUGAAGGCUGCGGAGUCUCGGCUGGAACGGGCUGGAGCGAGGGGGAGAAGCAGUACCGCCCCUGUCGCUUUGCAGUGCCUGUAGGACGCCGAGGGCCCAGAGCUCCGCCCGGGGCCCUGAAUAGCACGCCAGAUAGCCUUGUCUCCGUACACAGUUAACGUCUCAUUCCCGACCUCAAGUGAAGUAGAAAGAGGGUGAUCGAUCGUCGGAGUAGCCAUCUGCCCCUUUUAGCCAUGAAGGCAGAGACAGUGUCCUCGUUACAAGAGGCUCCAGCUGAGUCCAGCUGGAGCCUCAGUAACCUGCUGAGCAGCCGGAAGCUGAUGGCUGUGGGGAUCGUGCUCGGCUGGCUCCUGGUCAUCCACUUUCUGGUCAACGUGUGGCUCCUAUGCCUUCUGUCUGCAUUGCUAGCGGUGCUGGGAGGAUGGCUGGGCUCAAACGCCAUUGUGGGGGCUUCAGGUCGACUGCACCUGGAACGUUUCAUCCCAGUGGCCACCUGCCCUCCAAACCCUGAGGCAGAGAGGCAACUGGAACUGGAGAUCGACCGCACCAUCCAGAUGAUUAUUCGGGACUUUGUGUCGUCCUGGUAUCGCUCAGUGAGCCAGGAGCCAGCCUUUGAGGAAGAAAUGGAGGCCGCCAUGAGAGGGUUGGUCCAGGAGCUCCGGAGGAGGAUGGGCAUGGUGGACAGUCAUGCGCUGGUCCAGAGAGUUCUGACUCUCUGCGGUUGUCACCUGCAGAGCUAUAUUCAGGCGAAGGAAGCCCUGGCUGGGAAGCAGAGUGGUACAGUUGAGCCCUCCCAGCUCUGGGAGGCUUACUGCCGAGCUGCUGCCCCACAUCCUGCUGUGCAAAGCGCCAGCACUGAGGUCGCUUAUACACGUGGCAUUGUAAAUUUAUUGCUUCAAGGACUAGUGCCAAAGCCCCACUUGGAGACCCGGACCGGUCGCCAUGUAGUGGUGGAACUCAUUACUUGCAAUGUAAUCUUACCACUGAUUAGCAAGCUGUCAGAUCCUGACUGGAUCCACCUUGUACUUGUGGGCAUCUUUUCCAAGGCUAGAAAUAAUCCGACAGCAGUGGUUAAACCAACUUCCCCAGCCAGUGCCCUGGAAAAGCCCUCAUUGCCCACAUCUCUGCCACUGAUUGUUGAGGUACAGAGCCUGCCAGAAGUGAGAGCCCCUUCUCCAGCAGCAGCGCCAGUGCUACUGAACUGUAAUGAGCCAGAAGGGCCUUCCCAUCACUCCCCAGAAGUUGAAGAAGGCCAUGAAGCAAUAGAGGGAGAAUUGGGUGGAGUCCCGGAAGAAAGAAAAGUAGGAAACAACUCAUCUCAUUUCCUACAGCCAGAUAUUCGAGGCCCUUUGUUCUUAUGUGAAGACACAGAGCUGGAGUCUCCAUUGUCUGAACUGAGCAAGGAAACCAUCAUGCUCAUGACUCCAGGCAACUUCCUCUCUGACAGGAUCCAGGAUGCCCUGUGUACCCUGGAGGGUCCCCAGUCUCUGGAGUCUAAGGAUGUUGAGGGAUCCGAAGGAAUUGAAGGAGCAGAGGCCGAGCUGGGUCCAGGAACAGAAACAGAGACAGGGCUGCUGGUCUCCAUGCUGACUUCCUGCCCAGAGAUCCACAUUGACACAGCAGACAAGGAAGUAGAGCAACGAGAUGUCACCUCUCUUACAGCUUUGCUGACAGAUCCAGGAAGGACCUGCCCCCCACGACCCUCAUGCUUAGAGAAGGCUCUCCCCAAUGGUGUGAGCUCCGUAGAUCCUAAUCUGCCACAGGUUCUGCUUUCCUCCUCUCCAAGUGGUCCUCUCAGCUCAGCCACCUUCAGCUUUGGGCCCCUGACCAGUCCAGAUGGCCCAGUUGUCAUCCAGAACCUUCGUAUCACUGGUACCAUUACUGCUCGAGAGCACAGUGGCACUGGAUUCCACCCAUACACACUCUACACGGUGAAGUAUGAGACGGCCCUGGAUGGUGAGAACAGCAGUGGCCUGCAGCAGGUGGCCUACCACACUGUGAAUCGCCGCUACCGCGAGUUCCUCAAUCUGCAGACGCGUCUGGAAGAGAAAUCAGAUCUCCGAAAGUUCAUAAAAAAUGUGAAGGGUCCUAAAAAGCUCUUUCCGGACCUUCCAUUUGGAAACAUGGAUAGUGACAGAGUAGAAGCCCGGAAGAGCCUCCUGGAAUCCUUCCUAAAGCAACUCUGUGCCAUUCCGGAGAUCGCCAACAGUGAGGAGAUGCAGGAGUUCCUUGCUUUGAACACAGAUGCUCGUAUUGCCUUUGUCAAGAAACCAUUCAUGGUGUCCAGAAUAGACAAGAUGGUGGUAAGUGCUAUCGUGGACACCUUGAAGACAGCAUUUCCUCGCUCCGAACCCCAGAGCCCCACAGAAGAGCUGAGUGAGGCCGAGACAGAAAGCAAGCCCCAGGCAGAAGGCAAGAAGCCUAGCAAGUCCAGAUUGAGGUUCUCCAGUAAGAUUGCUCCAGCACUGACUAUAACUGAGGCUCCUGAGAAGAUUCUCUAUUGUCUCCAGGAAGGCAAUGUGGAGUCAGAGAUCCUAUCCACGUCUGGGAUGGAAUCCUUUAUUGAAAAACAGACAAAGUUAUUAGAAAUGCAGCCAGCAGAAGCCCCAGAAAAAGAUUCUGAACAAAUCCCCAAAGAUUGUACGGAUGGUUACUUGUCAGAUGAAGGUGUGCCGGCCCGAGACCUCAGCAACGGUGAUCCAGGAGCAGAGACAGAGCUCGCUGACACAGCCCUAGAUCUACUCCUCUUGCUGCUGAUGGAGCAGUGGAGAUGGCUAUGUACAGAAAACAUGCAGAAAGUUCUUCAUCUUGUGUUUGGGACCCUAGUUCAGAGAUAUUGUGGUAGAAAUCCUUGGGGUGAACAGAUGCCGGCUGAGCUGGAGUCUAGUCUUGGAGUCACUACAGCAACCCCUCAUCAACAGGCACUUGAUUUACUGCCUUUGGGACAUCAUCCUGGAAUUCUUGGAUCUCAGUGCCUCCGUUGAGGAGUCUACCGUAACCGCCUCUGCCUCAGAUACCCCAGGCAACCCCAAGAGAAUGGGUGUCUCCCCUUAGCCAUAGGUUAUUCAUCCAUUCUUUGAAGGCUGGGAAAGGAGAGUUGCUCUGCCACCCCGCGACCAGUCAGGAACCUGUGCCCUCUGCAGCUGGACUGUAGUUCAGAAGACCUGAGGUCCCAGGGGCACAGUUCUCCUCCAGCUCUACUCCACAGAGCAGGUGACCUAACAGAUGAUGGGGGAAAUACGUACCAAUCGUAUGCAUAUCCAUUUCCAUACUUUUUUUGUGGUGUUUGGAUUGUUGCUGGUGGGUAGAUCCUGGAAAAGGAAUCUAUAAGGUAGAAGAAUGAGCCCCUUUUGCCUCUCCUUUGCCCUCCUCCCUAAGAUUGUUUGCCAGGACCCUGGUCCUGUGCAUACAUGUUCCUAAUCCACCAACACACAAGCUGCAGAUAGACCAAGUGAAAACUGAUAGCCAGAUUUCUUGGAGGAGCAGACAAUUUUCUAGAGCUCUCUGUUCCCACCAGGAAACUGCAGAUUCCUUCAGGACCACUCUUGAAAGCCAGACCCCCCACGUUCUGUCUAGUUUCCCAACAAUUCCAGAAGAAGGAAGGAAAACAUUUCUCAAGGGACUUUUUGCUGAUUAUUUUCCAACACAUCAGCCCUAUGGAGGAUGUCACUGAAGGCUGCUUCCCUGGGUGGCUACACUUUUUUUGUUCAGAAGACUUCAAAGCAGACUGCCAAAGCUUCUUGGUAGAUCCACCCCCACUCUCCACACCCUUUCCUGAAAGAGAGUUGCAUCACAGAUUUUAUUUAUUCGCUUUCCUCCUAACCCCUCUCCAAGAGCAGUUGAGUUUUGGUCUUUGUGACCUUCCCUCUGUCUCCGUUCAGCAGAAUCACAUGGCAGAUUGCUUAUUCAGCCCAGUGCUUCCAAAGGAAAUGGAGACCCUUGCUCCGUGGCUGGGAAUGCCUAAAGAGUAGGAAACCCAGGGGGCUGUGGGGCUUCUCUCUUCACAAGUCUCCAGCAGGGCACUUUAAACUGAACAGAUAAUAUUAGCAAACCUGCAGGGAAUUGAUUACCCACAAAAAGCUUUUUACUUCCUGUUCUUUAAGGAUCUAAUUAGUCUUUAAGAACACUGGAAGAUGAAGGCAAAGGUGCUAUAUCAGGCUGUAGUGUCUUAGAAGAAUAGAACAAUUAGGAGAACUUGUUGGUAGGAAAGGAGGCGGACAAUGUGACAAGGGAAGUGCUAUACAUUAAAUGCAUGUGAGUAGCUGACAGAAAAGGUUUAAGGAGGUCAUGGGAGACCCUUGCCUUGUGCCCCUCAUCCCUUUAGCUUUGCACCUGCCUAUUAGUGCCCUUCUGUCACUGAAUUAUGGAUCUCCCCAUUUGGAGGGGAAACUUGGAGUUAGACUGAUUAGAAUGGGGGCAUCAAGUUCUCAGACUCUGAAGUAGAUGAUGUGCACACAAAGUGGUUUAUGGGAGAAAGUUGUGCAGUCUUACACUUUUUUUUAUUCCUCUGGAGGCUUUUACCCAUAAAAUGUGUUAUGCUAUGAUUGGAAGGCUUUAGGUAGGCUAUUACUGCCUAAGGACAAGAUGAAUGAGAUCAUGUCUCAUGGCACCUUCUAGCCUUAAAAUAUGAUUUUUACAGCGACUUUAUGGCUCCAGAGCUUCUCCCACCCCGGACAUUCACAGGCCCAAGGAGCUCAGCAUUUCUAGCUUUAGUAAGUAUUUGCAGGAGUGUGGGACUGCAGGGAGUCCAGCCUCACCUACUGAAGCCGAUCCUUCACCUUUUUCAGCUCGGGCCAGGAUGCUCUUCAGGAUAGAUGGAGUAGCCAGCUCAUUUCCACUACCCUUCUCUCCCGAUACUUUACCCUCAUAUGUACUUAGCCACCUACUUUGCUUUGAAUCUCUGCUAUUAGGGCUCAGAUGUCACACAGAGCCAGUACGUAAGCUGACGCACCAUAAAAUCCCUGUGGCUAUAAAUUCUGAGCAAUUUUUUGACACUUCCAUCCCAAAGAAAACUUCCUUAUAUUUCAUGUUGUGUAAGAGAUGCCACCUCUGUGGUCUGUGCCCCAAAACAUAAGCUGUCCUCAGGCCCUCCUUCUGUCUAGAAGGGAAAUCAUGGAUAUCGCCAAGGAAAUGUCAAGUUUGGGUAGCAGGCACAGGCAACCAUGGAGAUCAGCACUUGGGAGAGAGCCACAGGUAUUAAGAAAAGAUGCCCCCAGCUGAGAAGUGAGAAAAGGCAAUGAACCGGGCCUGCGCUAACCCAGAACGUUCAUGAUUUUUCUUUCCCCUUACCCAGCACAUUCAUUUCCAGUUGCUACUCUUUUCUUUACUUAUAGCACCCACCAGCAGUUGUUAGAUCCUGGGUGGAGUAAAAAUAUGUGUAUAUGGUUAUAUGAGUCAGGAUGCUUUGGACUGAAGGAAAACUCGAAGGAAAUUUUGUUUUCUUCCAUAAAAUGAGUACCUGAGUAGGGAAGCCCCAGGGGCAGAUGGAUUCAGCAACUCUGACCUCAUAAAUGGCCCAGAUUCUUCCCAUCUUUCCCCUCUGCUGUUGUAAACAUGCUUGUGUAAACAUGCUUGUCCGGUUCUCAGACUGCCUACCUGGUUGCUGCAGUUCGGAGCAUCACAUUCAUAUGUAACAAUAUGAAAGAACAGAAUCGUCUCUUCCAUGUUUUCUUUUAAAGAAUGGGGAAACCUUUUUCCAGAAACCCUUCAAGAAUGCUCUUCUCAUGACUCAUUGGCCAGAACUGUGCACCCCUAAGCCAAUCCACGGCCAUUAAAAAUGGCAUUACCUGGUUGGCUUGCAAUAGUAUUUACCCCCUCCGCCCCCAGAGAGGAGGUCACACUCCAGGAAAGUUAGAUACCUAAAAAAAAAAUCAUUAGAUGUUAGCAAGGAAGAAGCAGAGGAUGGGUGUUAAUAGACAAUGUCUGUUAUAUCAUCUGUACAACAUCAACAGAUCCCCCGUGGUACUCUAAAAAUACCUGGAAUUGGCUAAGAGAGAACAUUUGCUGAGGGCACCACAUGAAGCACUUCACCUGGAGUAACUCAUUUAACCCAUACACAACCCCGUAAGGUAGGUUCAAUUAUCUGUCCCCAUUUCAUAGAUGAGGAACACAAGGCACGGAGAGAUUGUGAGUUGCCCACAGUCAUUUGCAAAGAAAUGGCAGAGCCUGGAUACAAAUCUUGCAGGUCUACCCUCAAGGCUACAUGCCUAAUAACCAUUAUACUGGUCUGUGUUUCUUAAAAUAAGAUCAUGUUCUCAUUUUUAAGGAGCUCAUGAUCUAGUACUUUUUUGGUAAAGGGGCAGAGAAUAAAAAUUCCAGGCUUUGGGGCCAUAUGGUGGUCUCUGUUGCAACUCAGCUCUUCCAUUGUAGCAUGAAAGCAGUCAUAGACAAUACAUAUAGCAAUAACUGUGGCUGUGUUCCAACAAAAUUGUGUUUGCAGAAGCAGGCAGCUGACCAGAUUUGGCCCAUGAGUUGUUUGCAGGCCUCUUUUUCAGGAGUUAGAACAGUGCUUCUCAAACUUCAGUGUACAUGUGAUUUACCUGGGACCGUGGUCAAGAGUAUGCUGCAUUUCUGACAAGCUCCCAGAUGUAUGCCAGUGAGAAUACAGAUCUUCAAACACAUGUUGAGUAUCAAGGGGUUAAAACAUAGACAACUCUCAAGUGUGAUUGAUACACUAUUAAAUGUAUAGGAAGGGUACUUCAUUGAGAGUAGAGGGCCAUGGAAAGCCUGAGGUGAUAAUAUGUGAAUUGACUUCUGGAAGAUUCAUGAGAAUUAACCAGUAAAAUCAUGGGGAGGGUGUCCAGAGGAACAAUGAACAAUGUGUGCAAAGACAGAGUUGCCACAGAAGGACAAAUACUGUAUGAUUCCACAUAUCUGAAGUACCUAGCAUGGUCAGCCUCACAGAAACAGUAGAAAUGUGGUUGUUGGGAAUUAGAGAGGGGAAUGGGGAGCAUGUAAUGGGUACCGAGUUUCAAUUUUGCCAAAUGAAAACAGAUUCUGGAGAUCUGUUUUAUCAACUGUGUAAGUAGACGUGACACUCCAGAGCUGUACACUGAAAAUAGUUAAGAUGGCAAAUUGUAGAUUCUGUUUAUUGUACUACAAUCAAGACAUGUAAAAUGAAUAAAAGCUGUGGAAAGCUACAAGGCACAGCUUGCAGGGAAGGAGAGGCGAGGGCCGGGGGAGGGGCCUGUCUGGGGCGGUGUGCUAAGGAAGCUGGCACUGUUCUCCCUCUCCACCGUGGGGAAUUGUUGAGGAAUCUUCCUGAAGAGUAUUUUUCAUCAAAGUUCACAGUUCCUGCUUAUGGGAAACAUGGGAGUUUGAUUGCACAUGCAAACAGCCCUUGGAUUUGACACCUGUCUCAGUCAUUUUCUGAUCCCCCCCCCUUAAUUUCUUCAAGUCUGUUCCCAUUAUUUCUUACAUAUGAGAUGGCUUCAGCAUCUAUAGAGUAUAAUGAGCUGGAAGCAGUAACAGCCUGAUUGAAACCCUAGCUCUGCCACUUAAUCAGCUGUGAGGAAGUGGUCAGGUAACUUAGCUUCGUUGGGACUUAACAUUUCUCUCUCAGAAAAAGGGACAAAUAUAUUACAAACAUUUUGAGAAGUGAAUUGUAAGAACAAGCUUUAUAAAGUAGCAAGUGCUAUGCUAUAAAAAUGUCCAUGGCGGCAUUCUCCUGCUCUUCUGGGGAUGCCUUGCUUCAGGAACCAUGCAGCUGAGCUGUCCUCUGGCGAGCCCCGGUUCCCCAGCCCUCUCAGAACCUGCUGUUUGUCUUGGCCUUCCUUUGCACUGGAGCAAUAUGUGUUCUCCCAGGAGGAGGAAAGGAAAGUUAGCCAACCCUGCUGGAUACAGAUGGGAAUGGGAACCAACCAGGAGAGGAAAGGAAACCAUGAUGCUUUUGUAGCCCAAGGUCCGACUGGGCAAGCUCUUCCCUAACUUGGCAUCUCUGUUUCCUUUCCACUGAGUGCGCCAGAAAUCACUGGGCAGUAGCUGCUUGCACUGGCUCUGUGGGCAGGAGAAUGAAGCCACUGCAGGGUGCAUUUCCGCUUACAAGCCUCCAUCACUCUUCUGUGGCCUAAGGCAUGAGAGCGGCUGCUUCGCACAGACUUGUUUCUCAGAAAAGAGCCAGUGAGGGGAGACUACCGAAUCUUACUUCCGUAUCCUGACUCGCCCAGUAUUUCUUACACAAGGACGUCCCCGGCUUAUUUUAAAAAGAAAGACAAAACCCCAGAAGAAUGUGUCAAGCAAGUGAAAAUCAUCAGAGCCCGUUGCCUGCUGUGACCCAACAGCAACAGGGUUUGAAGCCGAGGCAGCACUGAAGUGGCGGAGAAAAUGCGGGCACCACAGCCUCCUGGGCAGAUCCGCUGUGCUACCUCAGCCUUGCUGAGCCUUCUUGCCGCCUCCCUACACCUCUCACCCGUCUCUGGUCCGAAAGUACAUUUGAACUCUGCUUUCUUGGAAGCGCAAACAAGCACGUGACAGAAUCCCGAGAGCUCCUGUCUCUGAUGUCUCUUCCACAUGACAAAAACUGGUGUCUCUCCACCUCUUGACUCUUCAAACCUCACCUGCAGGUGCUUCAGUAGAAGUCACUAGCACCCUGUUGCUGAGAUGUGGAAGUUUGGGAGGGAAAAAAAAUGAAAGGGGAAAAAAUAAUAGUAUCAAAGUCCAAACUUAGAAAACAUUUCUUGAAGUGACAUUACCUACUCCUUUCAACUCAAAAUAGGCCUCUUUGUCCCCCGAGUUUUGUUUAGGAAAUGCAAGCUAAUUUUAAUAUUAGGGUGUUGUAAUGAUUAAGAAGGUUAAGUCCGUGUCCUAUAUCUAAAUCCAUACUUUGGUUUUUUUUCUUCCCCGUCACUGUUGCAGCCUGUUACAAGCAGUGGAGAGCUGGCUAUAAUUACUUUUAGACACUUGGCGUUAAUCAAUGAGGGAAAAGGCCAAGUUAGAUAAACCGAAAGUCUGUGAUUGCAGAGAAAGGCUCUAGUAUAUCUACAGAAGCCAAGACUUCGCUGUUCUGGGUUGAAUUGGAUUUAGUGACUUUCAAGCUCAGGGCAUCGGCCCUUCGCCUGUGCUCAUUAGAGAAUCAUCCUUAAAUUUUUAUUUAUUUAUUUUUUAAGAUUUUAUUUAUUUGAGAAUCAUCCUGCCCCAGUAGCAAUGGAAAGAUUAACAAAGAUUUAGCAAAAUAUCUGCAUUUCGUAUCUUGCCUUUAGGGAGGAUUGACCUUACUAAGAAAAAAAAAAAGCCCUUUUGGAGUUCACAUUCUUUACCUGUACUAACAUGGAAUCCAAAUUCAAAGAAUGGCAAGCCAGUUCCUUUCCAGCUUUGUGUCCUUGUGUCAAAAGUUUGCCUGUAAAUGCAGAUAAUUCAAGAAUACUGAGGGCACCUUUCAUUAAGCCUUCAUGUGUCUCAGGGAGAGUCACGUAGGCUUGGUGGGCAGUAGGACUUUUGCUGGGAGACAGAAUGUGUUAUGGAGAUGGUUUGUCAGGAGGUUGGAUGAGAUGGUUUCCCAGAAAUCUAGGGGCCUGCAUCCUGCUCUUUCCUGCUUCUUUCCUUUGACCCAUGUUCUUCCAGCUGUGUGUGCACACAUGGGCACCCUCUGUCAGGGCCAGUUCAAGUUUCUCCGACUCCAUGGAGCUUUAUCUGACUGUGCCAGCCAAAAUUCUCUCUCCUUCCUCUGCAUGAGUUUACACGGCCUGUCAAUGUGAUCAAAAUCCAUGUGCAUUUUAUGGGGUCGUCAGUAAGAGAUGCCAAUUCUUCAAGGACAAGGAACAUAGAAUCCUUUUUAUUCCCAUUAUAAUUAUAUGCCUAUUCCUCACCCUUCCCAUAGACACACCUAAUGCAUAGUAGGUACAAAAUAAAUGCUGAAGUUCAUUUAGUUAAA